UCUAUAAAUGCAUUAUUUAGACACGCACGUAAGGUGUCAAUACUUAUGUUGAUUGAUUUUUUUCGUGCUACAAUGCAACAAUGGUGGUUUCAAAGACGUAACUUUGCAGCGGAAGCAACAACAACACUUACCCCUUGGGCGGAUGAAGUUGUAAAAGAAAACAAGAAAAAUUUUACCAAAUGGGAUGUUCGCAUGAUCUUAAAUACGAAAUGCGAGGUCAAAAAGGGGGCACAAAAUGUGAUUGUUGAUUUUCAACAUAUGACAUGUACAUGUAGGCAUUGGCAACUUGAUGGGAUACCUUGUGGUCAUGUCAUAAGAUGUUUAACAGUGAACAAUUACCAAGACUGCUCGAGGUUUGCAUUAAAUGCUUACUUUACCGAAACACUGAGGAAAACAUAUGAGGAAUCAAUAAACCCUCUGCCGAAGCCAUCCGAAUGGGAGAUCCUCGAUGAUUUGAUGAUUGUUAAGCCACCUAUAAUGGAUAAACGUCAGCCAGGCAGGCCAAGAAACACAGACCGCAUUCCAUCCCAAGGCGAGGGUCCAAUUAUAAAAGAGUGUUCUACAUGUGGUCAACUAGGACACACGAGAAAUAAUUGUACUGGAAGGGCGUCUGGUAGCAGAGCAGGUCACAUAAUUUCUACUGCAGAAAUGGCAUAUAAUAUUGGUGGUUCAGCGGGUUGCUCACAAACCCAUAACGCUGAUGGGACCUUCUCAUCUGCGAAAUGGGUGGCUAAAUAUACAACAUUACCACCAUCCUAA